AUGAAACCUCAGUUAUUUGCCAUAGACAUAAUACUUUUGUGCCUAUCUUGCGGAGCAAGUGCAUUGGCAACGAGUAUUCCUGCCGUGUCCACGUCCAAUUUCACCAAUCUUGGCGCAGCGCACAACUAUGGAACAGACACCACGACCAUUUCUAAAGUCAGGAGGAAGCGUUAUAUUACUCAGAACGACAUGCUUGCCAUUCUUGAUUACCAUAACAAAGUAAGAGGGAAGGUGUUUCCCCCAGCAUCCAACAUGGAAUACAUGGUGUGGGACGACACUCUGGCCAAGACAGCCGAGGACUGGGCUCAUGCCUGCCUGUGGGAGCACGGGCCACCUAACCUCCUCAGGUUCCUGGGUCAAAACCUCUCCGUCAGGACAGGACGCUAUCGAUCCAUUCUUCAGUUGGUAAAGCCAUGGUACGAUGAGGUCAAAGAUUACUCUUUUCCAUACCCACGCGACUGCAACCCUCGAUGCCCUCUCAGAUGUUAUGGACCCAUGUGCACCCAUUAUACACAGAUGGUGUGGGCGACAUCCAACAAAGUAGGCUGUGCUGUUCACACGUGCCAUAAUAUGAACGUAUGGGGUUCAGUGUGGAAGCGGGCAACGUAUUUAGUUUGCAACUACUCACCUAAAGGUAACUGGAUCGGAGAGGCCCCUUACAAAGUAGGCGUACCCUGCUCUGCCUGCCCUCCCAGCUAUGGGGGUUCCUGCAGCAACAACAUGUGCUUCCCCGCUCUCAAGACAAACUACCUGCACUGGUUCAAAUAAACACAGGUUUCCUCUCGACAUAAGCUGACAUCCUACAGUACCACAGAGACAUUAUUUUAAUCCCGUAAGGAUUUGCACAACACUUGUGGACCACACUAUUUUGUAUAUAUGGGCUUAUUUAAAGAUUCAAACAUACAUUUGAAGGCAGCAGACGAUUUAGCGUUGAUUACUUGUAAAUAAACUGUAAAUUAAUUUCAUUUGUACCAGACUUGCUAUUGAAAUAUAAUUUAUGUGUAGAGUGGGUCCUUAAACACAGUAUAUACUGAAUGUGGUGCUGCAUACACUUUUGUUUUCAUUACAUUUGUUUACCAUUAACAAAGGGGUAAUUAUAGACAUAACAAGAUCAUAGCUGCUCAUACCUGCUCACAUUGGUGCUAUAGGCAUCACACCUUCAUGUUGUGUGCUCUGCCUUUACAGGAAUGUUGUGAUAUAAAGAUCAAAGCUUUUGACCUCAGAGGGUAAAACCUACACUGGCAGUGUCAGCUUCGUAGCUGCCGUACAACAAACUACAUUCUCAAGUCUAUUGCAAUUUUGUGUUCUGCAACAAAUUUGUUGACAAAAGUGCACUUACUGUAAACUGAAAAUACAUGACAAAAGCAACAUACAUCAGUCAGAUUGGAAGGUCUUUAUUCGAGGGCCUGAUGAUGCCUCUGUUGUCAAAAGCCUCUGUUGUUUGUUUCAACAUUUACACAGUGCAUUUGCAGUUUUAAUCUGCACUGAUUAGGUUGUGUUUCAUUACAGAUGUUUCAUUUCAGGCAUUUCACAGGUUUCAUUCAUAUUUCAUGUAAUAUUUAUGCUAAAGAGAGCACAUACAAUAAAUCUGACCCACAUAUGUGUUUAUAAUCAUAUUGGUUUAUUAUAUACCAAUAUAUUGCUAUAUUGGACAAAUCAAUUGUUUGUAUUUUGUUAUGAUCACUGAUGUAGUUUGUUUUUUUGAGUUAGGCACUCAAGUGCACCUUAAUUGUUUGCAAAUUUCCGAAAUACCAGGAAAUUAUUAUUUUUUUUACAUGUAGAUAAUCAUAAUACCUUGACUAUCAUAAAACAAGUAUACUGUAAGUUAUUCAUUUUUAUAUGGGAAAAAAUAUUUAAUGAUAGUAAUUUUUUAUUGUUUUGUAAAAGGAUUGUAAAUAUAUCUAAAGGAUGAAAAAGUAGCGAAUAUGGUUCAUUUGCAUGUCAACUUUUAUAAUGUUGAAGAAUAUUAACUAUAAUGUAAAUUCACUUGGUACACUUCUAUGAACAAAGCACUAUUUGCAAGCAGAUACGUCAACACUUUUAACGUGGCAAAUGUAUCAGAAAUUAUUUUCAAAUCAGGACAGUUUCUCAGUAUUACACCGAGAGGGACAUAUCAUCAGCAUAAUGGAGACAAAAACAAAACAAGAAGAAAAAAUAGGACGAAAAAAGUUGCCAUUGAUACAAACUUUACUGGGAAAUAAUGCAUUACAUAAUAGGAAAACAUUUUCCGCACUGACUGUAUUUAAAUCCACAUUAACAACAAGCUAUUUAUGCAAUGAAAUGCGCUUUUCCUAUUGUGUUUUGUAUUUGUAAUAAAAUGUUCUAUUUU